AUGGCUUCCGCCUCUCCAGAAGUACCUUUAAUUGUCUCCAUUUUUAACGAAUGCCAAGAAACUUCUCUAUCUCAUGAUCGUCUUAUGGCAUCUCUUACGGAUUUGUAUAUGAAAGUAAGACCUAGUUUCUAUAUGAUACCUAAUAUGCCAUUUUCUCAUUUUGCCGAGGAUUUUUUCGAACUUUGUCGCUAUUCUCUCCUCAGUGCUGAUCGUACAGCAGCCAGAGAAAGGACCAUUGAUUUUAUUGUUCGAUCUAUAAUUCAUAUUAUUACAAACGCACCGGAUCGCAAUGAUGGGAAGCCUCGAAACCUUCUCCUUAUAAAAACCUUCCUCUUUUGUUCAAAAUAUCACGAAUGUGUUAAAUAUGCUCCACGUUUCCGAUGUACACAGUUAAUCUACAAGCUUCUUGAAGCUAUGGGUACCGAGUCCUGCUUACCUGUGGAGCUUUUUGACGUUAUUCAACGGGUUCUUAUUCGGCGUUCUAAGGAUGUCAAGUACAAUGCCUCAAAUGUGUUGAAUCGUUUUCAUUGCUCUGUCAUGUAUGCAUUUUACCUUCACUUAGUGGAAGUACGCAAAGCGGCUCAAGCAAUGGUGUUAGCCUGGUUCAACUUCCUUGACAAGGAUCCAAUCCUUCUGCUACGACGCCUGGACACGGAAGGCGUACCCAAGACGAGCAAACUUUGCUUAGACAAUCUCCUUCCAUCUUUGAAUGAAGAAGACUUAAUCGGUGUCAUAACAAAGUGGUCAAAUGACUAUCUAGAUGAAAAACAUAUUCCCAAACCAGAUAGAUGUUCAGUUGAGUGCGUAUUCUUCUGGCGAGUUAUUUUUGAGUACUUGUUGAAGAAACAGAAAGCCUGCGAAGAUAUUGAUGACGAUGAAAAGGAGGGUGAUGGUUCAAAUGGGCAAUCUUCCUCUCUUACAUCAAGUCAAAUUGCAUUCCUCCUUGGGCGUAUUACUCCCAGUGUCACGGAUUAUGUGGAUUUCGUCAUCAGUCGUGUGGAUAGCUUGUUGGCCCUCUUGCGAGCUGAUGCUGACUACAAUGAAAACGUGAUGGAAGCGGAAUGUGUACUUGAGCAUGUUUUGAUGGUCAGUGAGUCUUUGGAUCUCGCAGAUGAGUUUGGAAGACGAAGGCUCAUGGAUGUUGUUCGUGCGUGGUUGGUUUGUCCACAGGUACCUGCUAGUCUCACUAAGUACCUUCUCGAUAUAUUCUUCAAGCUUGAAACAAAUGUGCAAAGUCGUGUUGUCAAGAUGACAGAAAUGACCUCUGAGUUAUUGGAGGCUGCUGAGGACGACGUGAAGAGGCAGCAACGACUACAGAAACUCCAGGAACAACAGAAAGCUUCCGAUGGAAAUGUUAAUAGUGAAUCUGUUUCCACUGUUUCAAAUACACCCAUAGCUGAACUCCCACAGCCAGAAGUGAUCGCCAAACCGAUCAACAAGGCUCGAGAGACGUUUCUUCGUAUUAAGAUAGCAGAGCUGAAAGUCAAGUUGAAUGAACUCAAUGAGUCCCUCUCUGAAUGCGUUCGCCUGAAAAAUUUCGAACGCGCCACCAUCCUGCAAGAGGAGUGCAAUCAUUUGGAGGCGGAACGUUCCCUCUUAAUGCGCGAAAUUAUGGGUGGUAGUGUUCAAGCGACUCCCGUUGGAACUACCACCGCUGGCACUGCUCUACUCAGUGCGGGUACUUCAAUAAAAAGGGAACCGCCAGCUGCUGGCGAAGCCGUUGAAAUUCCAGUGAUUAAUGUUGACAGUGUACCAGAGGAGGAGGAGGAGGAUGAGGACGAGGAGAUGGAAGAAGAUGGAAAUCGGCCGAAUAUGGAGGUCACUCUAGUUAGACGACAGCUUAAAUACCUUUCGCGUCUAUCUGCUGAUGUGGUCUUGAAAUCCAACAAAAUGGUCGUUGUGACAAUUCAAAGGUCUCCUACGCUGUGGACUCUUCCGCCCUCACUCCGUUCUCUAUUGUAUAAUUUGAUUCUCCCCUCUGUCCAACAUGCAGAUCUGGCUAUCAGAAAUCAAGCGAUUCUUGCAUUGGGUCUCUGCUGUACUUUGGAUUUAGAUCUCUCCAAAACCUAUCUCCCUCUCUUCUAUGAGGCUUUGAAAAUGGAUCAUCCAACUGUGAGGGUCACCGCUGUCGGCUGUAUAAUCGAUAUUCUUGUGGUAUUUGGCAUACAUCCAUUUCUGGAAAUCGCAGACAAGUUUGAUGAGGUCGCUUUGGAUUUGAGUGAUCUCGUCCUCCUAAAAAGCAGUCAUUCAACCGUUGCCACAUUGAAUGCCAGUGCUUCUGAGACCAUCAGCCUUGCCCUUCGUAUUCUUGGACCUCUUGUGGAACUUCUUGAUUUCGAUUCAGUCACUCGAGAGGUUAUCUCGAAAGAGGACGCAGAUUUGCGAACCGUUUCUGGCGUGGGAGUGGCCAAACUCUUUAUCUUUGGACGCAUACUCUCUGGGCGACUUAUAUCACGUCUCCUCCUGUUGUGGUUCAAUCAGCAGACUUCAGAGUUGCCAACACUAAGUCAGACAUUGGGAGUAUUUUUCACGGAUUUUGUUUGCUCCAGUCAGGAGCGGCAAUCGUGCGUUACGGAUGCUGUGUUACCCACUCUGGCCUCUUUGGUUGCGGCGCCAGCUACUUCACCACUCUCGGAUGUUGAUCCUGGCCUGGUGGUUGAUCUCCUGGUCCGACUGACUGAUGCUGCCUCUCUUUUUCCCACUGCAAAAACUAAAGCGGCUUUAAAUGCGGGAGAGGAGUAUAAAAGCACUGACAAUCCUUGCCACGAUGAUUUGGCUAUGCGCCUUAGCAAUCAAGUGCUAAAUUCUCCACAGUCAGCAGAAGCUCGGCUCUACAUUCGAGUUUUGGGCCAAUUGCGUCUCUCCCUUCACAAACCCCAACUCUACAGGGAUCAACUUCGAAUGGUUAAUCUCAUGUUGAAGAAAGCCGAGCGUCAUUGCAUUCUAACUCUUCACCGUUUCAAGAAGAACAUCCUCACAAGUAUAACCUCCUCAGGCUUGGACGUUAACGAUUUUCUCGAAGAUGUUGUUCAGCAGUCUAAUCCUACAGCUGCUGCACUUUCUGAGGAAAUACCCGAUUCCCAGAAUCCCUCCAGUAGAGCUUCUCCAACACCAUCAGAAGAUCAACCAGCACUUCUUGCCCUCCCGGGGGCCACCCAAAUGAACUUGGAGGAGGUUGAAGGUGCCCCGCGUCGAAAAUCUAUUAUAAACCAUGAACAUCAUAUGGGGAAUACAUUGACUGGCCUCUCAUUAAGAGGUAAAAAUGUUGUUCAGAGACUUACGGUUAGGCAGCAUGCUUCUUUCCAGACCAAAAUUUAA